AUGUUCACGAACCUUUCCAACGCCAUCCGGGCUGCUGAAGAGAGUGCCUCGUCCGGAAAUCGCCACCUGGGACUCGGCGGGGUCCUACCCUCAUCUUUCGCUAUGCAGAGCCUCGUUCCCAAGGACGGACCAGCUCUCCACAAGAGCGGGCCACUUUGGCACAGUGUUGCAGCACAACGAGGGACUCCCGUCAACGUUAUCAUCGAGGUCGGCCCAACCAAGAUCAAGUACCAUGUCCAGAGGCUCUUUUUGACACACUACUCCGAUUACUUCACCAAAGCACUCAGUGGGUCAUGGAGAGAGAGUGAAGACGGAGUGGUACGGCUUGUCGACAUUGAGCCUGGCGUCUUCAAUCUAUUCUUGGAGUGGCUGUAUACCCAGACUCUUCCCGCCCCCGAAAUCACGUACGCGAACGGCUUCAUCAAAGACAAUGACUGGCUUAUCAAGCUCUACGUAUUUGCCGAUAGGUUUGCGGUAUCAGCAUUGCGGACAGUCAUGAACAGGAGGAUCGUUAUGGGAUCUCAGAUUAUCAGGUCGGCCGCUUGGCGCUACCAUCACAUCAUCUACGCUUUCGACAAUCUACCACCAACCGAUCCUCUUCUGGACUAUCUCGCGGAUAGAUAUUACAUGGAUGGGCCAUCUAUGGAUGACAGUGUCGAAGCAUCAAGUAUGGCAAACAACUUAUCGAAGGAGUUCCUCGUACGUUUCUUCAAGAGGGUGAGUCUUGAACGUAAGAAGGGUGGCAAUGAGGCUUCGGGCAUCUUCAACAUGGACUACUGUACCUAUCAUGAGCAUGCGAAAGAUGGUGACAAGGGUUCCUGUCCUUCCAAAUUAUGGCUUGACCCCAAGAAGCUUGUAUUGGGCCGGCUACAUUAG